AUGUCCGAAGGGCAAUCGUCGGACGCGAUUGCCCAGCAAUUCUUAGCCGGUCAGAGGUUCUCUUAUGUGCUUCUCGGUCUCGUACUCUGGGAGACUGGGAUCAACUUGGACUAUGACUGGAAGCUCGUGCGACGCCAAAGAUGGCCAUGGCCGCCAGCAACAUGGGCAUACCUGAUCUGUCGUCUAUCGGUGCUCACGUUCAUAGUCCUGGCGGGUGUUCAUCCCAACACCGACUGCGGUGUCAAGAUCCGUAUAACAUACAUCCCUCCUUACUUGGUCAUCACCAGCUCUUCGUUCCUUAUCUCUCUUCGGACUAUGGCAGUAUGGUCCUACGACCUCCGCAUCGUGACUAUCGCAGUGGUCGGAUGGCUGAUCGAGUUCGGCGUAGCGGUGCUUACUGUCGUCAAAGUAGACCCUCUGAGGGUCGAGUACACGACAUCGAGCGGUGUGCUCCUACACUGCGCGAACACGACGAUAUGGUUCAUAGUGAUCAAUCUCGGCGUUACGUUCGUGUACAACGCGUUGCUUUUGAUACUGGCGAUCGCUGUGCUUUGGCGCCGGAGAAGGGCAAGCGAACAUGGGCUGUGGCGCACACUUCGCAUCCAGGGGGUCAUAUGGCUCUGUGCGUGCUCGGCGGUACUCGUUCCUACCGUGGUCGUCGUUGCUGUCGAUAUCAAUGAAACUGUGAGCACAGCAAUCCUCAUUGCGGCAGAUCUCGCACUAUACGUCAGCGCCACCCGCAUGUUCCGCCAGCUUCACGCGUUCGACGACACCCAGUCCCGGGAUGGAACAGACGACGAGCUCCCGCACUUGACAACCGUGGUGACCUCGCACUCCGACGACAUCGAGUUACCAUCGAUGAUGGAUCCCGAUCUCUUUGAUGUCGUGCGCAAGUCGACGGAUAUCACCGAGUUGGGUAUACGCUCGCAGGGGCCUUCUGUCACUACACACGACUCAUCCCGAUGA